GUAAUUUACCCAAAAAAUUAAUGCAAGUAGAGCAUCAUCGUACCUUCAAUUUAAGUGUGGAAUAACACAAAUAAAAAUGGAAACUAAAAUUCAGCAGAAAGGGAUGAAAUUGAAAAGUAACAGCCAGACAAUUAACAGAACUCAAUGUUCACACAAAAUAAUAAGGGUGGAUAAUUUAACCCCGUCAUAAUUCUUUGUUCUAGCUCCACCUGAAAUGCACGUAUACGUUUACCCAGUGCACUUAUAUAGUUCGAAUUCGACAAUAUAACAACUGAAAAUUGCUCAAUUUAACGCAACUUUGAAAAAAAAAAUCAAGUUCAAUAUUUACAUGUGGUGAAUAACAAAGUAAUGCAAUCUAAUUCACAAUAAAAAGAUCAUGUUUGUAGUUUUCAGGAAGAGUAUAUCAAUUUCACCACAAUCAGCAAAUUAUGCCAAUUAAAGGAAACAACAAAAAGGAAUAGACAAAAAAAUCCCAGUGCCAUUACACUUCACCUUUAAACAAAAAAUAUCAGAUUUUCCACGAUAGCGCAAGAAAUCAAUCAAAAAAAAAACGGCCUAUAAAAAAUUCAUAUCGAACGAAAUACAGGAUAGAGGGCGGUUCGAUAUAUGGCCGCAAUCCACUUCGUAAUUUAUAUGGCUAUGAUUGCUUACAAAUAAUACAUAUACGAACAACAUCAAAAUUCUCGUGGCUAAUUUACUAGAGGGAACAGAUAAAAGCAAAGAUAGUUGAAACUGAAAAGAGUUUUUAUCAUUUCGAAUAAUUCUAUAUCUAUGUUAGAUCGGGAUCAUUUUUCGAUUCUUAAACAAUUUCGGAAAAAUAUAUAAAUAAAACUAACCCCAACAAACUAUGAAACUAAAGGUCCAUGUGGAGUCCAUAACAGAGACCUUCCAGCCAAUUCUCUACCACACUUGUUGGCUCAUUUCAAGAAUUCGAACAAAUUUAACCAUCACCAAACCCUGGUCCUAAAAUGUGUAAUGCAUGUAAUAUGUUUCCUAUAUUUAUCGAUGACGGAGCAUUCCUCUAUGUUCAUCUUUCUCUUGAAAAAUCUCUGCAAUUUCUUUUUUCCUUUGACAGAACUUAUGCUGUCUGCCAUUUCGACUUCCGUGUCCGUUCAAAACAUAAUCCGUUCUUAAAUCUUUUAAAAUCUUUUCUGGUAGUGCCGUUAAUGACAGAUCAGCUGCACAGUCCUUCAGAUUACACUCAUAAAAGAAUUAUCUCGAGGGUCCAUUGUUGUUAUAUAUAUAUACCUUCAAUUCCAAACUUCCUAGUAUGAAACAAAAAAAGAACCUUAACAAACUCAAGAUGUCUUUUUCAUUCUUGAAAAACUUUCGAGGAAUCGACAGUGGCUUCCUCUCUAACGAUCUGCUUCCACCCUUAGGAACUAGAAUGAAUCGAGCGACAAAGCUUCGGAGACAAAUAGUUUCCCCGUUAAAUCCAUGUUAUAGGGCAUGGGAGAUUUUUCUACUUCUCCUAGUCAUAUAUUCUGCCUGGAUAUCUCCGUUCCAGUUUGCGUUUCUAACUUACAAGCAAGAUUCUCUGUUCAUAGCUGACAACAUUAUCAACAGCUUCUUCGCUGCCGACAUUUUUCUCACAUUCUUUGUGGCAUAUGUUGACCCUAGGUCAUAUCUUCUAAUUGAUGAUCCCAAGAAAAUAGCAAUAAGGUAUCUAUCGACAUGGUUCGCUUUUGACGUCUGCUCUACAAUACCGUUUCAAUCUCUAAGCAUCAUCUUCACAGAUCACAAUGGUGGAUUAGGGUUUAACUUGCUGAGUAUGCUACGACUUUGGCGACUCAGACGAGUUAGCUCACUCUUUGCAAGGCUCGAAAAGGACAUUCGGUUUAACUAUUUCUGGACUCGCUUCACAAAACUCGUAUCUGUGACGUUGUUUGCUGUUCAUUGUGCGGGGUGCUUCAACUAUAUGAUCGCUGAGAGAUACGGGAAUUCGAAAAGAACAUGGAUUGGUGCUGUCUAUCCUAAUUUUAAACAAAUGAAAGUAUGGGAUAAAUAUGUGACUGCUUUAUAUUGGUCGAUUGUAACCUUAACUACAACAGGUUACGGGGAUUUGCAUGCUGAAAACACGAGAGAGAUGCUCUUUGAGAUGAUGUACAUGCUUUUCAAUCUCGGGUUGACUUCUUAUCUUAUAGGAAACAUGACAAAUCUCGUGGUGCAUUGGACCUGCAGCACCAGAAAUUUCAGAGAUAAUAUCACGGCUGCUUCCGAAUAUGCAAGAAGGAACCAAUUGCCAUCGAAUAUUCAAGAUCAAGUCUUAUCUCACAUAUGUCUGAAAUUCAAAACACAAGGAUUGAGACAACAAGAAAUGAUGAAUGGGCUGCCAAAAGCCAUUCGUACCAGCAUUGCAAAUUAUCUGUUUUAUACCAUUGUUCAAAAUGUCCAUCUCUUCCAUGGGGUUUCCGAAGACCUCCUUCUCCAACUGGUUCCGGAAAUGCAAGCCGAGUACUACUCUCCAAGAGAAGAUGUGAUUCUGCAAAACGAGGCUUCGACAGAUGCGUACAUAUUGGUUUCAGGGGCUGUGGAUUAUAUCGCAAAGAUUAACGGGCAAGAUCAAAUCAUUGGAAAGGCUUCUACAGGGGAAAUGUUCGGAGAAAUUGGGGUUUUAUGUGGAAAGUCACAGCCGUUUGGUGUUCGAACAACUGAGGUUUCUCAAAUGCUAAGGAUGAGCAAGGCCACAUUUCUGAACAUUCUACGGUCGAAACCAGAAGAUGAACUCACUGUUAUGAACAAUCUUUUCAAGAAAAUGAAAGUAUGGAGGAGUUUCGACAUUGAGGGCCAACAGGAUCCAAGCCUUAUCCUAAAAAAAUGGCUUCACGGGAAACCUAAAGGAGACUGCACAAGUUGCAAUAAUGAUAAUCUCUACGGACACACUUUGAAACAGGAAUCAACGGUAGAUAUUUCGAAUGAAAUCAUGCUAAAUAAUGAGAAUGAAAAUAAAUUAAAUGGGGCACAUGAAUCAGUUGCAAAUCGAUACGGAAAAGGCUCGUACGCCAGCUCAAGCAGUACCGCAUUUUCAAAAAGGGGAGAAGCAAUAAAAUCGGAUAAGAGAGUCACCAUUCACGCGAAUUUUCGCGAAAAGCAGAUUCCAAAGCUAAUAAUUCUACCUCACUCGCUAGAAGAGCUGCUCAAGAUAGCAGGUGAAAAAUUCGGAGACGGCAGUCUUACGAAAUUAGUAAACGCAGAGAAUGCAGAGAUUGAUGAUAUAAGCGUGAUACGAGAUGGUGAUCAUUUGUUCUUUUCCUCCGAAAGACUGUCGGAAUAAUGUGUAGAAUAAGAUGUGAGCUAACAUUUAACAAGCUCUAUAUUAUGGAAAUGGAUAAAUUAAAAUUAGGUAAUUCAAAGCAAUUUUUGCUGAUAUUUUUACAGAUACUACACCAACCAAAUCCAUGAAUUUUCUGAAGAAACAACAAAUAAUCAUAGGAAAAACUGUCAAUACGAUUGGAUUGCAGCAGUUUAUUCUCAAUUUCUCAUAAUUAUCAAUACGCAAUAUCGAAAUACUGAUGAACACUAAUUUUAGGGG